ACCAAUUUUUGCGUUUGACUUUUAAAAAUAUUUUUAUUUUUUAGUACAGCUGUAAAAUUUAUUCAAAAAUCAUAAUAUUGUCAUUAUAUUGGUUUACCCUAACGGAUCUUUUCGAUUCUUCUUGUUUUACUUUUGCAGGAAUUGAGCUUGAAUCUUGUGGCUGUCCUUAGUCAUUGAACAGUAAACUGUAAACCAGUUUCUGUCUGAGCCCUGAUAUUAGAAAGUUUUCGCGGUUUCCUGUUUUUGUUUUGCUAAUGCUGUAAGACAGUAAGUCGCAGCAAAGAAGAGAUGUCUCCCGUUCCAAAUAAGACACUGCGUUGGGGUAUAGCUGGUUCUGGACGCAUUUGCAAUGAUUUUGUGGUGGCGAUGAUGACACUUCCUAAGGAUGAGCACGAGGUCGUUGCGGUAGCCUCGCGGCAUGAAUUCAAAGCGCAAGAAUUCGCAUCUAGAUUGAGUAUUCGAAAAUUUUAUGGUUCAUAUGAAGCGUUGGCAAAAGAUCCGGAAGUCGAUGUUGUUUAUAUCGGCGCCAUUAACACGGAACACAAGAAGUUAUGCCUGAUGAUGCUGCAGCAUGACAAGCAUGUGCUGUGUGAAAAGCCGUUGACUUUGAGAUUGGCUGAAAGCAAAGAGCUUUUUGAUUAUGCACGGAAAAAGGGCAAAUUUCUAAUGGAGGCGAUUUGGACAAGGUGUUUUCCCGCCUACAAGCAGCUGCGUGAAGAAAUCUUGAAACAGUCUAUCGGUCCUGUCCAGUUAUUGACGGCUAACUUUGGAUUUCAUGCUCCAAACGUCCCGAACCUGGCAGAACGCGACCUUGGCGGAGGAAUUCUGUUGAAUGUCGGCUGCUACGUCGUGCAGCUGGCUAAUUUAGUUUUUCAAGACCGGAAACCAGCUACCGUAAAAGCAGUGGCGACCUUUAACGAGUCGGGCGUGGAUCACACUACAGCCAUCACGCUCCAGUACGAUGAUGGCGCAAUCGCUCAGUUUUUGGUGUCGAUGCUGACGGACUUGGAGUCCACUGCAAGAAUAGUUGGAAAGGAGGGUUUAGUUAUUGAGAUUGGCGCUCCUUUUCUGGCUCCAACACAACUUAAAACACCAUCAGAAGAAUUUCACUACAAACUUCCUUUUGUGGAUGAGAAGUUUCCGCUUAAUUUCAUCAAUUCGUCGGGUUUGGCAUUUGAAGCUGAUGAAGUUCGUCGGUGCAUUUUAGCAGGCAAAACAGAAAGUCCUCUCAUGUCCGAAGCUGAUUCCUUAUUGAGUGCCGAAAUUAUUGAUGCCAUUUGCAAAGAGAUAAGGUUGAAUUAUGAUUAAUGAACUUGCUCCAUUCUUGCCUUCCUUAGAGCACACACAGAAUCCGGAAUAUUUUCUAUAAAAGCGGACUGAUUUUUUAUUUGCAGAAUUUGUUUUCUGAUUUUUUUGGGAAAUCGGAUUGGGUUGCAGACUGUGUAUUCUUGAUUUGUUUUUAUAGAACUGAUUUUUCUGCAUUUUUAUUUGAUUGCGAUUGGUAAAUUUGAUGUGACCACAUACAGUACUGUGCGUUAAAGAUUUAGUUACAUUAAAAUAUUAAAUGGUGA